CUCUUCUGCUGCUAGCAGGCACCCGUCCCGUGGCUACACACCAUGAGGCAGAGAGUGCCAUUAUGGCCUCUUCUGCUACUGGCGACUGUCACGUUUCUUGCGAUCGACGUAUAUUCACAAGCCACCUGCAGGGAUUGUACAAAUCGAGGAUGCUUCUGCGUAGGAGAGAAGGGCUCCAUGGGAGCGCCAGGCCCACAAGGGCCGCCUGGUGUACAGGGUAUCCGCGGUUUUCCGGGUCCCGAAGGAUUAGCCGGACCAAAAGGUCAAAAAGGAGCACAAGGCCCACCUGGACCUCAAGGUCCUAAGGGAGACCGAGGACCUAUCGGUGUACCCGGCUUCCCAGGAAAUGAUGGAGCAAAUGGACGACCGGGAGAACCUGGUCCACCUGGUGCUCCUGGAUGGGACGGAUGUAACGGAACUGAUGGCGCACCCGGUAUCCCUGGCCGACCUGGACCACCGGGUAUGCCCGGAUUUCCUGGAGCUCCAGGAAUGGACGGACCAAAGGGAGAACCUGCAAUUGGUUAUGCUGGUGCGCCAGGAGAAAAGGGAGACAGCGGUAUGGCAGGUAUGCCAGGAUUACCUGGGCCACCCGGCAGAGAUGGCUAUCCGGGAGAGAAAGGAGAUCGAGGAGACGUUGGACCAGUUGGACCACGCGGACCUCCUGGAGAGCCUGGAGUACCAGGAAACCCUGGUAUUGGCAGCAUCGGACCUAAGGGAGACCCUGGAGACGUAGGAGCUCAAGGGCCACGGGGACCUCCCGGUCCUAUUGCGUCCACUAUGGCGAAGGGAACGAUAGUCGGUCCCAAGGGAGAUGUAGGAGAGAAGGGAGAAAAGGGAGAACCGGGCGAGGCUGGUCCUCGAGGUUAUCCUGGAAAUGCUGGACUACCUGGUCAACCAGGUCUUCCUGGAAUGAAGGGAGAGAAAGGACUUUCUGGACCAGCGGGACCUAGGGGCAAGGAAGGACGACCCGGUAACCCAGGUCCCCCUGGAUUUAAAGGUGAUCGUGGUCUCGACGGAGUGCCAGGAUUCCCUGGUUUGCCUGGACAAAAAGGUGAAGCUGGAUACCCAGGAAGAGAUGGACCGAAAGGAAACAUGGGACCUCCUGGACCACCUGGAGGUGGAUCAUACACCGAUGGACCUCCAGGUCCUCCUGGACUGCCUGGCCGUCCAGGAAAUCCUGGCCCACCGGGAGCUGAUGGAUAUCCAGGUCCUCCCGGACCAGCUGGCCCACCUGGUCAAACUGGUGGUCCUGGAGCUCCCGGUCUCCCCGGACUCGAAGGUCUCCCCGGUCCAAAAGGUGAAAAGGGAGAGAGUGGAAUACCUGGCGCCCCUGGUGUUACUGGUCCUCCCGGAAUGAUUGGAGCUCCUGGACCCAAAGGAGAACCUGGAGCACGAGGUAUCCCCGGCCAAAGUUUCCCUGGCCUACCUGGAAAAGACGGACGUCCUGGACUUGAUGGAGCACCUGGAAGAAAAGGAGAGCAAGGAUUGCCUGGUGUACGAGGUCCUCCUGGAGAUUCCUUGAACGGUUUGCCUGGCCCACCUGGACCUCGUGGCCCACCAGGUCCAAAAGGUUACGAUGGACGAGAUGGUGUUCCUGGUCUACCUGGUGCUCCCGGACAGAAGGGAGAUAGAGGAGGAACCUGUUCAAUCUGCUCGCCUGGAACCAAAGGAGAGAAAGGAAACCCUGGGUAUCCUGGGCAACCUGGCCCACAAGGAGACCGCGGCUUGCCUGGCAUGCCUGGACCGACUGGUGAUCCUGGAGAUGACGGGCUUCCAGGUCCACCUGGGCGUCCUGGUGCACCUGGCCCUCCAGGUCUUGAUGGUCUUCCGGGACUUCCUGGACAAAAGGGAGAACCGACACAACUUGUGCUUAGACCUGGACCACCCGGUUACCCGGGAAUGAAAGGAGAAGCAGGAUAUCCUGGUCAGCCAGGCAAGGAUGGACUGCCUGGAACUCCAGGACUUCUUGGAUCACCUGGUCUGCCUGGAAUGCCGGGAGAAAAGGGUGAACCAGGCCUCCCCGGUCUACCUGGCAAACCAGGAAAGGAUGGAUUGCCAGGACUACCAGGUCUAAAGGGCGAACCAGGAUACGGCCAACCCGGUCUACCUGGUCUUCCAGGACAGAAAGGAGACACCGGUCCAGCUGGAGUACCUGGUCUUCCUGGCUUGCAAGGUCCACCGGGACCUGUUGCCCCCGCUAGCGUCGUGAAAGCAGGAGCCCCUGGCAGACCUGGAGCACCUGGACUACCUGGACCUAAGGGUGAAGCCGGCUUCCCUGGAAGACCCGGCGAUGUGGGUCCACCUGGACUUCCUGGAGUGAGCGGACGCAAGGGAGAGAGCGGAUUACCUGGUCCACCAGGUCAACCUGGAAUUCCUGGAAUACCAGGAGAAAAGGGACUCCCCGGUCUUAACGGCCUUCCUGGAAUUCCUGGUCCCAAAGGAGAACCUGGCCAACCAGGUCUUCCCGGUUUACCUGGAAUGAAAGGAGAACAGGGAGCAUCAAUGACCGGACCACCUGGACCUCCUGGUUUCCCUGGACUCAAAGGAGAACCUGGAAUGGCCGGACAACCUGGUCUUCCUGGUCUCGAAGGUCAGCGCGGAGCGCCUGGUGCUCCUGGUCUCAAGGGAGAAGCCGGAUUCCCAGGACAACCUGGACAGCCUGGAUACCCUGGCGCGAAAGGAGAACCUGGACUUCCUGGACUCCCAGGAAAGGAAGGUGCACCUGGAGCACCUGGAGCUGACGGUAUGCCUGGUCUUGCUGGAAUGAAGGGAGAGGCUGGUCUACCUGGUCUACCUGGAGUGGAAGGCCAGAAAGGAGAUGCUGGACUUCCUGGAGCUCCUGGACAACCUGGUAUGCAAGGUCCUCCUGGUUACCCAGGUCAGAAGGGUAUGAACGGUAUUCCUGGAGUGCCCGGAAGCAAAGGUGACGCUGGACUGCCUGGAUUACCAGGUCAACAAGGAAUGAAGGGUAAUGCUGGUCUUCCUGGAAUGCCUGGACUACCUGGAAUGAAAGGAAGUGCUGGUCUACCUGGACCACCUGGAAAAGACGGAUACCCUGGACUUCCUGGCAUGAAAGGAGAUCGAGGAUUCGCCGGAAUACCUGGAGAAAAAGGAGAACCUGGACCAUCUGCUGCUGACGGAGCUAAGGGAGAGCAAGGACUGCCUGGACAGCCUGGUCUUCGCGGUCCUCAGGGUCCCCCUGGCUUACCUGGAAUCCCAGGUGCUAAGGGAGAGUCUGGAUUGCCUGGAUAUGGACAACCGGGUAUUGCUGGCGAAAAAGGUCUACCUGGCGUACCUGGAAAAGCAGGACGACCUGGACCUCCUGGACCUCCAGGACAAGACGGUCUGCCUGGCUUCCCUGGUCUUAAAGGUGAACCGGGCUACCCUGGACAGAGUGGUGCUGCAGGCAAAGAUGGACUACCGGGCUUACCAGGCAUGAAGGGCGAGACUGGAGCACCUGGUGCUCCUGGACAACCUGGCGCUCCUGGGCUUCAGGGCGCCCCAGGUGUACCUGGAAUCAGAGGAGAGAAAGGAAAUGCUGGCUUACCUGGCCUACCAGGAGAUCGCGGUCUCGAUGGAAUGCCUGGCAUGAAGGGAGAUGCGGGAUAUCCUGGACAACCUGGUGUACCUGGCGCGCCGGGUGCUAAGGGAGCUGCUGGAGCACCCGGUUUCCCUGGACUCAAAGGAAGUGCUGGCCUACCUGGACAGGAGGGACUUCCUGGUUUGCCUGGAAUGAAGGGAGAUGUCGGAUACGCUGGACAACCGGGUCGUGAUGGAGCGCCUGGACUUCCUGGUGAAAAAGGAGCCGCUGGUUUGCCUGGCUUGCCAGGACCACCUGGUCAAUCAAUCCCUGGACCAGUGGGACCACCUGGUGCACCUGGACUUCCUGGAAAAGAUGGUCUUCCUGGACUACCUGGACUCAAGGGCGAGGCUGGCCAAGCUGGAUACCCUGGAGCACCUGGUCUGAAGGGAGAGCCUGGACUUCCUGGAUUCCCUGGACAAAAGGGAGAACCUGGAAAGCCGGGAAUUCCUGGCAAACGUGGAAUGGAUGGGUAUCCUGGAGCACCUGGAAAAGAUGGUCUUCCUGGCCUGCCCGGCUUGAAAGGAGAGAUGGGUGCACCUGGACCAGCAGGAGCUCCAGGAAUGCCUGGACUUCCUGGAAUGAAAGGCGAUGCUGGCCUUCCUGGCUUCCCUGGACAAAAGGGAGAAGCCGGACUUCCUGGUCUUCCUGGAUCCCCUGGUUUGCCUGGAAUGAAGGGAGAUGCUGGAUACCCUGGACAACCAGGACGAGAAGGAAAGCCUGGAUUGGACGGACCUCAAGGACCUCCUGGAUUACCUGGAGCAGCAGCGGUUGUCGUUCCCGGUCUGAAGGGAGAGCCUGGACUACCUGGUGUACCAGGAAUACGUGGUGAGAAAGGAAUUCCUGGACUUGAUGGACCCCCAGGUCUUGAUGGGCCUCCUGGUACACCUGGUUCACGUGGAAGUGAUGGUUUCCCUGGACAACCCGGUCUUCCUGGAGAGAAGGGUGCUCCUGGUCUUCCUGGCCUUCCUGGUCUUGAUGGAGCGCCUGGUACCCCUGGAAUGCCUGGAUACCCUGGCCCACCAGGACCACCCGGACAAGCCUACAGGGAUGGAUUCUUGUUGGUGAAGCAUUCUCAAACUACGGAAAUUCCUCAAUGCCCUGCCGGUCAAACCAAGCUGUGGGAUGGCUACUCCCUGUUGUAUAUCGAAGGAAACGAGAAGUCGCACAAUCAAGAUCUUGGACACGCCGGAUCUUGCUUACAACGAUUCUCAACCAUGCCAUUCUUGUUCUGUGACUUCAACAACGUUUGUAACUAUGCAUCACGUAAUGACAAGUCAUACUGGCUCUCCACAACAGCUCCAAUUCCGAUGAUGCCUGUCAGCGAAGGAGAGAUUGAACAAUACAUUUCACGAUGUGCGGUCUGUGAAGCACCAGCGAACGUUAUUGCUGUUCACUCACAAACGAUACAAAUUCCGAACUGCCCUGCAGGUUGGAAUAGCUUGUGGAUUGGUUAUUCAUUCGCAAUGCAUACGGGAGCAGGAGCCGAAGGAGGUGGACAAUCCCUCAGUUCACCGGGCUCUUGUUUGGAAGAUUUCCGAGCGACACCGUUCAUUGAAUGCAACGGAGCGCGAGGCACAUGCCAUUACUUCGCUAACAAGUUCUCCUUCUGGCUCACCACCAUUGACAACGACCAGGAGUUCAAGAUCCCCGAAAGCCAGACGCUAAAAUCUGGAAGUCUGCGCACUCGUGUCUCACGGUGUCAAGUGUGUAUCAAGUCGACGGAGGGACGCAGCUAAAACUUUCCUUACUAUUAUCACAUUUCAUACUGCUUUCAUUUUGGCCCCGAUUGCAUCGAACAGGAUGCAUGAGUGACCUGCCUGCCCCCAGGAAGUACUGCCAUAGCGUACACUACCAAUUUACUGUUCUCAUUCUGAACUCAAAAACUCUCAUAUUUCCUUAAAUCCCAUAAGUUGUUUUGUUAGUUUUCGAUGUGACUAUAUUAUAUGAAUAUUCGCAUUGUGAUGAGCCUGCCUUACUUCUACUGCCUUGGCGUUAUUUGAGUUCAACAGACAUGCUGCUUCGUUGUUUUAUUUAAUAAGAAAAAAUUAAUAAAGAGUGAAUAAAUGAUGAAUGCCU